AUGGACCUUUUCCAAAGCCCUGGUGGCGACCUUAUACAGGAUGAAGAUAGUGUGGAGGUCAUUGAAAUGCUCUGCAUUGAUUUUCGAGAUCGGCUGUUGGUCGCUCUUUCCACUACGUGUCAAAGCGACUUUAGAGAAGCAAAGAAGGUUGUCGAAGAAAGACUCAGAGAUAUAUUGGAAACAGCCUCAUCACUCUCCUCCACAGAAGUUACUUCCAGCCCGAAUGCCAGCCCUUUAUACAAUACAGAUGCUCCGGAAGAUGUUGUUCCAACAGUUGGCCUUGAUGUAGGAUUGGAUGAACCCAUGGCAGACUACUCACAGAACACACCGUCAAUUACCGGGGGCACUGCGUCGGCAGAAUAUCAAAAUUCUGGUGAUACUAAUCAAAUGACCUUGGAAGAUCCUGCAUGCGUAGAUAUGUUUGCAGCUGAGUCACAAAAUACAGGCCAUAUUCCCGACUCAUGUCUACGGGAUUGGUCAUUUGAAGGAGUUUCGAUGAAGUCUCCAAGUCUGUUUGAUUGGUCUUCACGAAAUUCUAAUUUCCCUCUUACUCAAGAGCAUGAAAAUCAAUUUGCCGAAUUCUUGACCCUCUUUGAGGGUGAACCUAAUUUUGAUAAUUGGUUGUCCACUAUGACAUGGUCUAGUUUGGAAUCGCACUCCAGCCCCAUAAAUGGCCAUUCAGCAGGUGCUACUCCCCAACUCGAUCAGAUGCAUACGGUUUCAAAUAGCCGGGUUGCCAGAAGCGUUGUUUCCGAGUCGACGGUAACCAAUACAGGAAGCGCAAAUUCUCUGAAUAGUGGCCUUCUUGCAAACACCCCAUCGUCGAGUCAUUCUUCGGUGUUUGAGAGGGCCUGUAGUAGCGUUCAAGAACCUACGCCGGAGCCCACGCCAGUGAGGGGUUUACAAAGAAAGCUCCGAAAACAAGGUCCAAGACAGACCACAGAGGCAACGCCAUGUGACCAACAAAUCGGACCGCGAGCCAGCAGAGCAACCUCACAGCUCCCAGAGAGGCGCAGCAUGAAAAUGGUUCGGAAGGAAGCGAGAGAUACACCAUUGACUACUUCGCCUGCAAAUUCGACACAAAUUAAUAUCGAAGCAAAUACUAUACCAUCAGACUUGAGUGUGGAAUACGCCUUCGGCUGCUUUUCGGACGCGAAGGAAGUCUUCGAAACGUUCUACAAACGCUUGAGCGACGAUAGAAAGCACUUAUCCUCAUUGCUCAUGCGGUUGUUCUACGCUGUCGGCAGCCCUGAUGCGCUCAGACAACUCCGGGAUGCUCUGGACCUCUCGAGAAAGAAUAGCAUGAUCGCUUCUUAUCACGAUUCGAACGAUUUGGCCGCGACGGUCAGUGUCUUAGAUCAGCUAGAUGCAACAACGACACUAUCACAUAUACUUCGACGUUAUCAUCUCGUACGACUAUUGGAUCAUCGAUCAAAGCUUGAAUCGAAUCACAAAGCCGCCAAACUGGCCGUCAAGGGUACCAAGAGGAGGUUGAAGUACGACUGUGAAAGGAUAGAGCUGAUGAGAAGAGGGGAAAAUGCAGAUUGCGAUGCAAAUACAAGAUCCGCCAAAGAACGGCUCAAGUAUCGGUCAAAAACUCGGGCUUUAACUGAUCUGAUGCAAACACUUUACCCUGAUCUUAGUCCCGACUCGGAAGGUAUCACAACUGCUGGCGGAUGUGAGUACACGAGAAAGUUGACGAAGUUGAGGAACCGACUGGCGUGUGCACGAAACUGGUAUCAGUUCGAAGAAACAUUUCCUGGAGCUAUCCUCGCUUUAAUUCCUUGUGCUACAGGAGACCUCUCGAUAAGUAUAGAUCAUGUUGAAAAACUGCCAAGUGAUGUCUUGAAGAUAUUCUUGGACUACCUUAAGGAGCGACGUGGAGUUUUCCUAUCCAAAAUGAGCCGAAUUCUUUCCAAAGACUUGUAUGAUGUCUUGAUGAGAAGGAACGUCACUAAAAGGUACAAGCUCGAACAAACGAAUGAAAAUUCGUUGACGGACGGCUUACAUGACGAUGAUCGACUGCUUGAGCUCUGCGAAACAGUAUGA